AUGGCUCUCAACCUCUGCCUCCACUCCCCGGACCUGCGUCUCCAUACUCCCUAUGAUCGCCGCCUCAUCUUCUCCUUCCGCCGGCAUUUCCCUUCUUCCUCGCUGAUUCUCCCGCCUCCUCUCGGAAGAACCAGUCCGUCGCAGUCUGCUAAACCUAGAACGGGGAAGAAGCCCCAGUUCCGCACUGUAACUUCGUCUUCUUCUUCUUCCUCCGCCGCCGCCGCCACGGCAUCGUCUCCUUCCUCCUCCACUGAGGUGGCGGCGCCGUCGUUUAGGGAUAGGGAUCCCAGGGACGUGAAUGUCCUGGUUGUGGGAUCCACAGGGUACAUUGGGAAGUUCGUGGUGAGGGAGCUGGUGCGCAGGGGAUUCAACGUCGUCGCCAUCGCGAGGGAGCGCAGCGGCAUCCGCGGCCGCAACGAUCGGGACCGAACGCUGGCGGAGCUCGGCGGCGCCACCGUCUGCUUCUCCGACGUCACAGAUCUCGCCGCCCUGAAGAGCUCCCUGGAGGAGCGCCUGAGCGGCGGAGGCGGCGGCGCCUCCAUCGACGCUGUCGUCUGCUGCCUCGCCAGCCGCUCCGGCGGGGUGAAGGACUCGUGGCUGAUCGACUACCAGGCCACCCGCAACAGCCUCCUCGCCGGCCGCCACCUCGGCGCCGCCCACUUCGUCCUCCUCUCCGCCAUCUGCGUGCAGAAGCCCCUCCUGGAGUUCCAGCGGGCGAAGCUCAAAUUCGAGGCGGAGCUUCAGGCGGAGGCGGAGGCCCUCGCCGGCGCCGGCGACGCCUUGACCUACAGCAUCGUCCGCCCCACGGCCUUCUUCAAGAGCCUCGCGGGGCAGGUGGAGACGGUGAAGGACGGGAAACCCUAUGUCAUGUUCGGCGACGGGAAGCUCUGCGCCUGUAAACCGAUCAGCGAGGAAGAUCUCGCUUCCUUCAUAGCCGACUGCGUGAUGGACAAGGAGAAGAUCAACAGGGUGCUGCCGAUCGGCGGGCCCGGGAGGGCCCUGACGCCACUGGAGCAGGGGGAGAUGCUGUUCAGGCUGCUGGGGAAGGAGCCCAAGUUCUUGAAGGUGCCCAUCGGGGUGAUGGACUUCGCCAUAGCCGUCCUGGACUUCCUCGUCAAGAUCUUCCCCUCCCUGGAGGACGCCGCCGAGUUUGGGAAGAUCGGCCGCUACUACGCUGCCGAGAGCAUGCUGGUUCUGGACCCAGAGACCGGCGAAUACAGCGCAGAGAAGACCCCCAGCUAUGGCGGCGACACCCUCGAGGACUUCUUCAGCCGGGUGAUCAGGGAAGGAAUGGCCGGCCAGGAGCUCGGGGAGCAGACCAUCUUCUGA